CUGCUGUGGCGGGCCGCUCUCCGGUCAGCCUGCUGUGGCGGGUCUCUGUGGGACUUCUCUUCCUGGGAGAGUUGGAUACUUGUCGACCUCUGGCGUCAACUCGUCAACAAGUUUCUCCUCCUGCAAUCCGACACUGCUGCCACGUAGCUUCAACUUCCUGAAGAGCCACAACGUUCCCAGGAGCAUCUCAGUGUGAUACUCUGCUGCUGACGAGGGGGUCCUCAGAGAAUGAAUCCAGACUCCAAAACCUGACUGAAAUGUGCAUGUAACAGGACAAAUCAAUGGGUAGCUCCACCCUCCUGUUGGCCAGUGUGGUGUCCAGUCUGGGCGGCCUGAUCUUUGGUUAUGAGCUGGGCAUCAUCUCAGGUGCUUUGCUGCAGCUCAAGUCAGAGUUCAGACUCUCGUGUAUCCAGCAGGAGGCGCUGGUCAGCUCUUUGUUGAUAGGAGCACUGCUAGCAUCCAUCGUGGGUGGCUGUCUGAUCGACCAUCAGGGCCGCAGGAACUCCAUCCUCCUCAGCAACGUCCUGAUCCUGUCCGGCAGCCUGGUCCUGCUCACCAGCUCUUUCUCUGCAUUGGUGCUGGGCAGAAUUAUAGUGGGCUUUGCCAUGUGUAUAUCCUCCAUGUCCUGCUGCAUCUUUGUGUCCGAGAUGGUUACCCCCAACCGCAGGGGCUUCCUUGUAUCACUGUAUGAGGCUGGGAUCACGGUGGGCAUUCUCGCAGCUUAUGCUAUGAACUACAUCCUGUCUGAUUGUAAAAGAGGGUGGAUGUGGAUGUUCGGAUUAGCUGUGGUACCAACUUUGAUUCAGUUCGUCACUAUCUGGUUUCUUCCAUCUAACUCUAAGGACUCUUGCUCUCAAACUGAAAGAGACCUCAUGAGCACCAGCGAAAGCCAAGAAGCAGACUCUAAAGUUAGUCCCAGUGUAGAAAACAAUAAAGUUCAUUACAACACCAUGUACCUUUUCCAGCGUAAAGACAACAUGAGGACUCGGACUGUGAUUGGCCUCGGUCUGGUGUUCUUUCAGCAGUUUACAGGCCAGCCAAAUGUUCUCUUCUACGCCUCCACCAUCUUCCACUCACUGGGGUUUCACAGCGAUGCCUCAGCAGUACUGGCGUCGGUGGGCCUGGGACUUAUCAAAGUGAUUGCGACUCUGACCUCCAUGGUGUUCUGUGACAGGCUGGGCAGGAGGCCUCUGCUCAUCAGUGGAUGUUCUGUCAUGGCGCUGUGUCUGAUAACCAUCGGACUCCUCAGUGGACACUCUGUGAUGAAUGCUAAGAGGCCUUGUGAUUCUGAGGACUUUACUGUUAACACAACAGAUCUACCUCAUUUACGUGGUGGUUAUAGUUCCAUUUUUGACUCGCAUUUUGAUGAGAGCCAAGGACUCCUCAAUAGCAGCACACAAGGUAUAAAUAUGGUACCUGAUGAAGUCAGACAGAACGCUCUGGACACUCUGACAUCUUCUCCCAGCCUCCAUGGCACAGUUGUGAAGUGGACCAUCCUUGUGUGUAUGAUGGCCGUUGUCAGUGCAUACUCCUUUGGAUUUGGACCAAUGACCUGGCUUCUCCUGAGUGAAAUAUUCCCUGCUGCUGUCAGAGGAAGAGCAUUCGCCUUCACCAACUGCUUCAACUGGGCUGCUAACCUGCUGGUUACGUUCACUUUCUUGAAUGUUAUUGAUGCGAUUGGUCUGUCAGGCAUGUUUCUCUUGUACGGGAUGAGCGCUAUGGCAGCUGGAAUCUUCUUCUACUUCAUGCUCCCAGAGACCAAAGGGAAGACUCUAGAAGAGAUAGACAAGGAGCUGCGUCUGAACAGGUUUUACCACAGUGAGCAGUGCUGUGAUAUGAGCUGGAGAAACACAUCCCCACAGUACCAGAGAGUAUACUGUCAAAUGAGCACCUCAGGGUGACUUAACUCAUACUGGCUUACUGACAGGCACUGAACACACCACACAUAGAAGAAUUUGCUGUGACCAGAGUACACUUAAUUAUGUCACACCUGACAUUGGAAUACAUAAUGUGUGGCGUCUUUAUGAAACAUGUUAAUAAAGUAUGUUUUCUGUGGGAUCAUGUG